AGCCAUCAAAAAUAAGGAUUAAUUUAGAAGAUAAUGUACAAUAUGUGUCCAUGAGAAAAGCUCUAAAAGUGAAGCGACCUCGUUUUGAUGUAUCACUGGUUUACUUAACUCGAAAAUUUAUGGAUCUUGUCAGAUCUGCUCCUGGGGGCAUUCUUGACUUAAACAAGGUUGCAACAAAACUGGGAGUACGAAAACGAAGAGUCUAUGACAUCACCAAUGUCUUGGAUGGCAUCGACCUAGUUGAAAAAAAAUCCAAGAACCAUAUUCGGUGGAUAGGAUCUGAUCUUAGCAAUUUUGGAGCAGUUCCCCAACAAAAGAAGCUACAGGAAGAACUGUCUGACUUAUCAGCAAUGGAAGAUGCUUUGGAUGAGUUAAUUAAGGAUUGUGCUCAGCAGCUGUUUGAGUUAACAGAUGACAAAGAAAAUGAAAGACUAGCAUAUGUGACGUAUCAAGAUAUUCAUAGCAUUCAAGCUUUUCAUGAACAAAUCGUUAUUGCAGUUAAAGCUCCAGCAGAAACCAGACUGGAUGUUCCGGCCCCCAGAGAAGACUCCAUCACAGUACAUAUAAGGAGCACCAAAGGACCCAUCGAUGUCUAUCUUUGUGAAGUGGAGCAGGGCCAUGCAGGCAACAGAAGGUCUGAAGGUGUCGGGACCUCUUCAUCUGAGAGCAGACAUCCAGAAUACCCUGAGGAAGAAGAAAAUCCUCAGCAAAGUGAAGAAUUGCUUGAAGUGAGCAACUGAUAGCAUUUGCGGAUUCGUGUAUUAUUGAGUUUUUGUUAUUUUUUUUUUUGGCAUAGUUCAUCCUAUGUGGAUGAAUUAUUCAUCAGAUUCAAUUCUCAGAGCAAUAAAUCAUCCAUGAAGUGCUCUCAUUCUCAGUAGCAGCAUUAAGGCCAGUAGUAUCUUUGAGUAUUUCACUACUUAGAUUUCUGAAUAAUUAUGGUUUCCACACUGAAAACAACUCUUUUUAUAAUUAUUCACUGCUUUUUGUCAGUGAAAUAGACUUCUUGCCUCCUGAAAUAACUUCAUCAGAAGGAGUACCAUGAAAACAGAUGGUCAGACCUGAAGUGGACAGUUCUUCAUGGACUCUGCCCUUUCCUUCAAAGAUUAUGUCAUAUCACAAGAAAUUGCCUUACACUGGUUCAUGUUUGCAGUUCCUGUUGUACAUUGGAUAGGUGUACACAUGAGUCUUCAUUGUGAUGUCUUUGUAUAUAUCUGUAUAAUGUUUAGAUUACUUAUGAAAUAUGUCUAAGUGACACUUUUCACCCUUGUACAGCCAAAAUAGUGUAUAUAUGGAAAAUGACAGACAAAUUCUCUAAUUUCCUUGGUAUCUAUAACUUAUUAGAAUCCUCUGGAUGAGGGUUAGAAGAGGGUUUUUCCAGACUUCUACAUGUAGAAGUAUCAUAAAUGUGCUAUAUGUUUAUACAUUUAGUUAUUUUAAUAUGGCUGCCAGUGCUGAAGUUAGAGUCAGAUACUUCUUCAUUUCAAGCUGUCUAUAGAGUCACUGUGUCCUGGCAGAUUGGUGACAUGCCCCAACUCUUUAGGGGCAGGUAUAGAAAUGCUGUCACGUAUUAGCUUAAUUCAUUGUGAGGCAUACAUUCAAUCAUGGUUAAAAUUAGAAACGAUUUUAGGGUUUCAGCAGGUUGUGUAAUAUGUUUCCAUAGGCAGCCUUGCUCUUUAAUGAAAGGGGUUUUACUUACAAGUUGUACCCUGCCCUCUCUCUCCAGCUGUCGUUCCACAACUCCAUGUUCCUAGCUAUUUCUACCUCAUUGGUAAGUCCUUUACCACUCUGUGCCUCAGUUAACUGUAGUUUACCAUUAGACUGUGAGCUCCUUGGGGGACUUUGUUAUGCUCAUUGUUCUAUCCCAGCGCCUUGCACCACAUCCCGCCCGUAAAGAGUGCUCAGUAAAUGGUUGAACAAAUCAGUGAGUGAGAGAGGGAAUUGUAAUGUCAAAACUAAUAAUCCCUGACUUGUCUGUUAUUCAAGAUUUGUAUAUCAUUUUAAUUCAUACUUUAAGCCCUGCCUUAGAUGAAAGAAUUGGAGCAACUUGAAAUUCAGACCAUGUAUACAAAGUUUUAAAAUAGAAGUCCAAACUCAAAGUAUUCAAAAGUAAUACUGAAUGUUGAGGACCCACACACCUUCAAGCUCCAGUGGCUUGCCAGUCUGUCCUCCGGCUCCUGUCCCCUUGCUCUAGCCUCCCCACAGCGGUCCCUGCCAGUUGAAUUCUGGAGGCGUGGGGACUGCGAACCGCACCUCUCUCCAACCAAUUAGUCCCAAGGCUUGUCUUCACUCCAUUUUAUACAAGAAAUUGUUAUUUGAAAUUAGCCAAAGAAAAGCUGCAGGGGGCACUGUUGAUCAUCAUUGGACCAUGGUGGUCCAGUUAGACAAGAUAGGGAGAGAGGAGGAGCAGCAAGCGUGGAGGAAAAUUAAGCUUUGGACAUGCUUGGUGAACGUGGGAGUGGCGAAGCUGGAGGUCAGGUGCUCAUGGUCUGAGCUCUGAAUAGUAGGUUUUUCGAUGUCAGCAGAUAUAUGAUGGUUUAAACCAUGAGUGUAGGCAAGGUUAUCUAAUGAGAGUAAAGCAGGAGAAGAGAGGCCCAAGAACAUUUGUAUUUAAGGGGAAAUACAGAAGAAGAGCCUUUCCUGAGAAUGAAAAAAAAGAACGUAGUGUCCACAAAACCAACAAAGGCUUUGCCAAAGGUGAUGAUGUCUUUUCUGAGCAGCAGUUCCUCACUUGUGAAAUGUGACUUUAAAUGUUCUACAUUGCAAGUUGCUCUGAUGGUAAAAUGAGAUCAUGUAAGCAAAAAUCCUUUGUAAACUGCAGAUGUGUUGUUAUAUAAAAGAAGUCUCUCCA